UUCGCCGGUAUUCAGUCAUUCUCACAAAGGCGCGCGGCGCUGGUGGAGCCUUGUCGGUGCCACUGCUACUCGCCCUGUAGUUUAACAAACUCACACAUAACCAAGAUGGCGGACUCCGACUCGUGGGACGCUGAGAACUUCGAGCCAACUGAAUCGGCAACGGCAAAAAAGCCAGUGGCGUUGCUGGACAAAUGGGAAGGCGAGGACGAGGAUGAAGACGUGAAGGACAACUGGGAUGAUGAGGAGGAGGAGGGAGGAGAACCGAAGGCAGCGCAGGAGAAGACAGAAACAAAAGUUUCGGAAAAGAAAAAAUUAAAUGAAAAGAUCAAAGAAAAGGAAAGGAAACAACAGGAAGAGCUGAGGAAAAGGUGUAUUGAUUUAAAGGCCAGCCAGGAGGCCCAGGAGCUGACCGCGGAGGAGCAGGCCGCCGAAAGGCUCCGGCAGAAGAAGGCCCAGGAGGAAGCAGACAUGGAGCUCGCCAGAGAGGCUUUCGGUGUGGAAUCUAAUGCCAUUCAAAACAGUGUUUCUGGAAUCGACGCCCUUAAUCCCUCGUCUAGGGAAGACUUUGUCGAGUUCGAGAAGCUUCUGAGGGAAAAAAUCACACAGUACGACAAGUCCAUUCAUUAUUCUACCUUCUUGGAAUCCCUGUUUCGUGAACUCUGUAUUUCAUUGGAACUGGAGGACCUGAAGAAGGUCAGCACUAGCCUGACAGUUCUACUUAAUGAAAAACAGAAACAGGAGAAGCAACUGGCCAAGGGGAAGAAGAAGAAGAAGACCAAUCUCAAUCUGGCGGGCGGAGGCCUGAAGGCGAAGAAGAAGGACGAUCUGGACGAUUACGGCGGGUUUGGCGCUGGCUACGAACAGGACUACGAGGAUUUCAUGUGACCACGGCUUGAACUCCCAACGCUCGCGUCUGAUUCCUCCACCCCAAAACAAACAAACAAACAAACAAACACUCGACUUGACCAGCGCAUCCCUCGUGCAAGCCCAUGCCACCAGGCAAAGCUGGCUGCUGAACAAACAUGUCAUCCCUGCGCUCUGCCCUUGCCGUGUGUGAGGGCAACAUCAAAGGGAGCUGCUUACACCACUUGUCUUUUGGUCAAUAGAAAGAGAAUGAGAGAGAAAAAAUAUACAUAUAUUAUUAUAUAUUGAAUUGCCUUGUACUUUUCCUUUUCUUUUUUCUUUUUUGUGAAUUGGCCAGCCUUCUAAAAAGAAGAGCUUUAUGAAGUAAGUCCUGUGCUUCAAGUGUCCUCAUCAGUGGCUGUGCUUAACCUACACAUUUUUGCCUGAUUUUUUUUUUUUUUUUUUUUUUUUUUCUCCCCCAAAAAAGAAAUGAAAGUACAAUUUCAGAAAUAGAAUCAUGUUUUCUUGUCAACUGAAGAGAGAAAAAAGAAAAGAAAAUGUCUGACAAAAGUAUUGCUCUUUCAUAAUUGCAGUUCCAUAGAAACUAAUUUGAUGUUCUAUGCAAGAAAUUUCCGAAUGUUUAUAUUACUACGUGGAGUAUUUUGCUUACCUGGCGAAUUGUUGUUUUUUUUCUACUGGGAGGUGUGUAGCAUCUAGAACUACAAUUGCCAAACACAGAUCUGAUGCACAUGUCCUCGAUUUCAGAGAGUGGCUUUUAAGUUCCUAGUUCUUUCCAGGGCUUUUAAAACACACUACACAGAGGCCAGGGCCUGGAGUGAUGGAAUAAAUUAAACAAAAUAAUAACAAGUCAUUAGUCAUGAAGAGAUGCACAUUGAAACGAUGCGCAUGCAUUUCACGAAAUGCAGCUUUGCCCCUUUUGCAGCCAUCGCCGUUCUCUUUAUGGAGUAGUCCUUGCAAGCAAGCAGUGGCUAAAAACAUUCUUUUAAAAAAUGGAAGUUGGAGAAGAGGGGAAAAAAGCUCAAUAAAUCUAGUUUCAGAUUAACCUGGAUUUUUUGAUUUUUUUUUUUGUGCAUUUUUAAAAGAGAUAAAAAAUGUAAAAAAGAAAAAAAAGAGAGGGGGUAGCUUUAAGGCACUCGUGCAGCAUGGAGGGCAAUUGGAGGCGAUGUAACAGGAGUGGAGGCUCUAGAAAGUUCUUUCAUGACUGAUCUCUUGACUCGGCUUCGGCAGGCUUGUAUCAAGUGUCUGGUGAAGCAGUUUUGGCUGGACAGAUGUAGCCAAUGGGGUUCUCAGCCUUACUGUGGAACAGUUUAGGCUUCCUCCCACCUCUUCUCACUAUUGAAAACCAUUUGCCUCCACAACUUUGGUCUGAUUUGACAUGGACAACAGAGAUCGCCUGCAAUGUUUUUUUUAAGUAUCUAAUUUAAUAAACUCAUCAGCCAAGUUCUUGGUGGUGUGAUGGAAUAAUUAAAUAAUUAAACAUGGCUGUUUGAAUCA